GAUAAGAAAAAAAAGAAGAGCAAAACGCAGCGUCUCGAGUGACAUAGGUUUUCUUGAACUCGUGGAGUGUGGCUGAUUUGGUUCGGAGACACCUCUGACGAGCGAGAAGAGCCAAAAUCAGACAAGCAUAUCAAGAUCAUGACGGACUAUAUACAAGAGCAGGAGAUGGAAAUUGAAGCGUUGGAAGCAAUACUUAUGGAUGAUUUCAAAGAAAUUCACUCGGGUGAGAGUGGGUUAAACACUUCCAAGAGGUGUUUUCAAAUAAAAGUAACUCCAGUGGAUGAUGAGGCAGAUGAAGUAACAACUGCUCCAGUUCAGCUGGCUUUGAUUUUCUCACACCAAGAAAGAUAUCCAGAUGAGCCUCCGCUUUUGAAUUUGAACAGUUUACGUGGUAUACAAGGAGAACAUCUUAGAAUUUUGAAAGAAAAGCUUCAACAAGAGGCAUCUGAAAAUCUUGGUAUGGCUAUGAUCUACACACUAGUUACAUCAGCUAAAGAAUGGCUUUCUGAGCAAUAUUGUCAAGACACUAGUAUUGAGGAUGCUGAAGCAGAAGAAGCAGCAAAGGAUGAUGUAAUUGUACCACACGGAGAACCUGUUACUGUUGAAACAUUUCUGGCAUGGAGAGAGAUGUUUGAAGCAGAAUUGGCACUUGAGCGAGCCAAGUUAAUGCCUGAGGCUGCGCUUUCAGCACCCAAGGAAAAGAGGCUCACAGGUAGACAGUGGUUUGAAAGUGGAAGACAUGCUGUGAAAGGAGCAGCCCCAGCCACUGAAGGGUCUGAUGAAGAAGAUGUGGAAGACAUCGACUUCGACGAUGAUGAUUUUGAAGAUGAUGAAGACGAUAUGCUUGAACACUAUUUGGCUGAGAAAACCGACUCGUCAUCCCACUCUUCCAAGAGAGAGACUAACUAGAGCACUAUCCGACUAAGUAUGCGCCCGCAUUUGGCUUUGUCUUCAUAUGCAUUUUGCGCCUGGCUUUAGGCCUCAAGGACAGAGAUGUGGUUUUAUGACUACCAUUAUUUUUUGUAGAGAGCUGAGAGGAGUGGAUUUUGCAAAAAGGAAAAUAAUUGGAAAACUUGUCUUUUAGGUGUGAAUCAAUAUUUUUCAUAUUUAGUCUUGUAACAAGUAUCGAUGUUAGAUACAUACAAUAUUGUUAUCGUAUAUUUUUAUUGAAAAUUUUGAUCUUGA